AUGAAGAAGGAGGCCAAGAAGCAGGGGCAGAAGGUCGGGCAGAGCACGCUUCCGUCGAGCGAGGACGUGGAGAACUUCCUCAACACGAUCUUCCAGCCGGCGGUCGUCCUGCCCGUGGCGUUCGUCGUGGCGGGCGUCAUCGGCCUGGCGGCGUACAUGGGCAAGAUUUCACAGUGGCAGGCGUCCCUGGCGCUGCUGCUCAUGACGCUGCUCAUCCGCCUCGUUGUCACCGCGCCCGCCACCUAG